GAUUAAAUGCAAAUUCAGUUUAAGUGACCAAUUAAACAUUAUAAUAAUUAUAAAAUAAUGAAUAUAUAAACCCCAGUUUGAGAACUGUGGUACUUAUUCAUUAGAGAACUAAAUCUACAUCCGGGUUUCUGUAAAGCUGCUUUCUGAUCAUGUUUACUGUUAAACAUGUUUUUUAAAUAAAUAAAUGAAAUAAAACAGAAUUGAGGAUGAAGCUGAAUGGCGGAGCUGCGAGGUGAGUGACGCUGCAGUCGGCCAGCAGGUGGCGCUGCUCACGUGACUCUCUCAAUCCGCUACAAACAGAGAGGAAGAGAAGAAGAGCUGCAGCUUUACAGCCUGAGCUGUGAUCCUGCUAAUCAUUUAUACUUUACAACAUUCUGACAGGAUUUCUGUUAAAUACACAGUAAAAUCUUAUGGGUUUGAAAGCAGCGCUUCUGCACUGUGUGUGUGUUUGAGGAGAUUAACGCAGAUCUGCUGUAAAUCCUGAGCUUUGUGAGGAUAUGCAGACAGAGGUGAGCAGCACGUCCGAUGGAAGAACAUCAAGCUCAGUGGGACACGUCACUCCUGUGGACCAACAGAACGCAGAAAUCUGGAAGAAACCUCUGAAAGAGGAAGAAACUGAUGAAGAUGAGGAUGAAGAUUAUUUCUAUGGAGGAGCUUCGAGCUCUGUGGAAGACGUGGAAGACCAGCAGAACGGAGAAUUCCAGAUACUUAUAAAAGAAGAAGAACCGAAACAUGACGACUUUCUGUAUUGUGAAGAUUGCAGAUCUUUCUUCAUCAGCAAGUGUGAAGUUCACGGUCCGGCUCUCUUCAUCCCCGAUGUUGCGGUUCCUCUGGGGGUCGCGGACCGAGCCAGACAAACCCUUCCUCCCGGGCUAGAGAUUCGGAAGUCCAGUAUUCCGGACGCAGGCCUGGGAGUGUUUAACAGCAGUGACACUAUUCCGGUCGGCGCGCACUUCGGGCCCUACCAGGGAGACACGGUAGAGCGAGAGGAAGCCAUGAACAGCGCCUACUCCUGGGUGAUACACAAGAGUGAGCAGUGUGAAAAAUACAUUGAUGCCACAUCAGAGCUGCACUCUAACUGGAUGAGGUAUGUGAAUUGCGCUCGUAACGAUGAAGAGCGGAAUGUGGUGGCGUUUCAGUAUCGAGGCGGGAUUCUGUACCGCUGCUGUCGAGCCAUCGAACCCGGACACGAGCUGCUGCUGUGGUACGAAGAGGAGUUCACGAAAGAUCUCAGCGUCACCUUCAACUACAUCUGGAACAGAAAGUGCUCCCUAAACGGAAUGAACACCAUCCUUCAAGUCUUCUCCUGCUCCUCAUGUCCACUUUCUUAUACAUCUAAAAUUUAUCUCCACAAACACAUCAAGAGGUGCCACCAUGAGGAGUACGUCCGACUCCUGAAAUCAGGAGAGAUUAAAUACGAGACCCUGGUGGCCUCAAAAAGCUCCAAUCCGUCCUCAGCGAUGUCCUUCAGCAGUCUCAGCGCUGACACACAACCGCAGAAGGAUUCGCUCCAGUGCUCGGAAUGCGGGAAGGUGUUUAUCCAGCGUAAACAUCUCAAAGUGCACCAGCGCGUUCACACGGGCGAGAAGCCGUAUCAGUGCUCGCAGUGCGGGAAGAGCUUCACGCAACAGAGCAGUCUCCAGCUCCACCAGCGCCUUCACACUCGAGAGAACCUGUGCCAGUGCUCGCAGUGCGGGAAGAGUUUUACUCAACAGAUUCAUCUCCAGGCGCACCAGCGCAUCCACACGGGAGAGAAGCCGUAUCAGUGCUCGCAGUGCGGGAAGAGCUUUAGCGAGAAAGGAAGUCUCCGACGACACCAGAACAUCCACACCGGCGAGAAACCGUAUCACUGCUUACAGUGCGGGAAGAGUUUCAGUGAGUUAGGAACGCUGACGCGGCACCAGCGCGUUCACACCGGAGAGAAGCCGUAUCAGUGCUCGCACUGCGGGAAGAGUUUUAGCGAAAGAGGAAACCUCAGAACACACCAGCGUAUUCACACGGAGGAGAAGCUGUAUCAGUGCGCGCAGUGUGGGAGGAGCUUUACUCACCAGAGCACUCUCCAGCAGCACCAACGCAUUCACACCGGAGAGAAGCCCUAUUACUGCUCCGCGUGCGGAAAAAGCUUUACCCAGCAGGGCAACUUCCAAAAACACCAGCGCAUUCACACCGGAGAGAAACCGUACCACUGCUCACAGUGUGGGAGGAGCUUCAUUCAGGAGAGUCACCUCCAGCUCCACCAGCGCGUUCACACUGGAGAACAGCCGAACAAUUACCAUUGUUCUUUUUGUGGGAAGGGUUUUACUUAUCAGAGUGCUCUCCAAAGACACCAGCGCUUUCACACAGGUGAGAGGCCGUAUAAGUGCGCCCAGUGUGGGAAGAGCUUUACUCUACCAGGUGGUCUCCAACUACACCAGCGCAUUCACACAGGAGAGAAACCGUAUGAGUGCUCGCAGUGUGGAAAGAGCUUCAGUGAGAAAGCAGCUCUUCGAAGACACCAGCGAAUUCACACCGGAGAGAAGCCAUAUCCCUGCUUACAGUGCGGGAAAAGUUUUACUGAGAAAGCAGCUCUUCAGAGACACCAGCGCAUUCACACCGGAGAGAAACCGUAUCACUGCUUGCAGUGCGGAAAGAGUUUUAAUCAACAGAGUCAUCUCGAAAAGCACCAGCGCAUUCACACCGGAGAGAAGCCGUAUCACUGUUUACAGUGCGGGAAGAGCUUUAGUCAGCUGAGUAAUCUCAGAAAACACCAGCGCACUCACACAGGACAGAAGCUCUAUCAGUGCUCACAGUGUGGGAAGAGUUUUACUCUACAGAGUAGUCUCCAACUACAUCGGCGCAUUCACACAGGAGAGAAACCGUAUGAGUGCUCACGGUGUCUAGAAAGUUUUAAUGAUCAGAUUGAUCUCCAAGUGCACCAGCGCAUUCACAAAGGAGACAAACCAUAUGAGUGCUCACAGUGUGGGAAGAGUUUUAGUGAAAGAGGAGCACUUCAGAGACACCAGCACGUUCAUACAGGAGAGAAGCCGUAUCGCUGCUCAGAAUGUGGAAGGCGUUUUACUCAACAGUGUAAUCUUCAAAAACACCAACGCAUUCACACAGGAGAGAAACCGUAUCACUGCUCACAGUGUGGAAAGAAUUUUAGUGAUCGGUGUAAUCUCCAAAUACACCAGCGUAUUCACACGGGAGAGAAACCGUAUCACUGCUCGCAUUGUGGAAAGAGUUUUAAUCAGCAGAGUAAUCUCCAAAAACACCAGCACAUUCACACAGGACAGAAGCCGUAUCACUGCUCAGAUUGUGGAAAGAGUUUUACUCAACAGAGCAAUCUCCAAAAACACCAGCGUAUUCACACGGGAGAGAAACCGUAUCACUGCUCACAGUGUGGAAAAAGUUUUAAUCAACAGAGCAAUCUCCAAAAACACCAGCGCGUUCACACAGGAGAAAAACCGUAUCACUGCUCAGAGUGUGGAAAGAGUUUUAGUGACCGGUGUAAUCUCCGAACACACCAUCGCACAGCGCACAGAUAACACGUCAUAAUUGUUUUGGAAAACUUGCAAGUUUUUCUGCACGUUUUUCCUGAAGUCCUGUCAUAGGCUUGUCACGAUUUGUGAAAUAUACAGUUAAAAUCUCACACUUUAGCAAUUGCUGAUUGAUGAUAGAAUUAAUGAUAGCAUUCUACUAUUGUUUUAUAGAUUUCCAUCUCUACUUUUCUCCAUGAUCUCAUUCCCACUGUUCCAUGCUCGCAGCCCUUCCAUCUCUUGAAGUAUUGCUGCUCCUCUGUAUAUUGUAUAUCGCAGCUGAUUGGUCUCUCUAGGAUCACAGCCCCCUGGUCUAUUGAGGAUUGUAGCUUCAUGGUCUCCAGAGGAUCUCAGCCCCUCGGUCACUGUAGGAUCGUAGCCCCUCAGUCACUGUAGGAUCUCAGCCCCUCGGUCACUGUAGGAUCACAGCCCCUCGGUCACUGUAGGGUCUCAGCCCCUCGGUCACUGUAGGAUCACAGCCCCUCGGUCACUGUAGGAUCACAGCCCCUCGGUCACUGUAGGGUCUCAGCCCCUCGGUCACUGUAGGGUCUCAGCCCCUCGGUCACUGUAGGAUCUCAGCCCCUCGGUCACUGUAGGAUCACAGCCCCUCGGUCACUGUAGGGUCUCAGCCCCUCGGUCACUGUAGGAUCACAGCCCCUCGGUCACUCAAGGAUUGUAUCCUCUCAGUCUCCGUAGGUUCGCAGCCCCUCAGUCUCCCUAGGAUCGCAGCCCCUCAGUCUCCCUAGGAUCGCAGCCCCUCAGUCUCCCUAGGAUCGCAGCCCCUCAGUCUCUCUAGGAUCGCAGGCCCUCAGUCUCCGUAGGAUCGCAGCCCCUCAUGUGUGAGCAUUCACACAUACAGAAAACAAGUUUAUGUUUUAUAUCUGCCAAAUUUCAUGUGGCUUGGAAUAAUAUUUCUGGAGAUAUUAAAUCCUAAACAGAUAAGACAGAUAAGACAUUUUUUAAUGAGAAAAUAUGGUCAGCUCAAAUACUUUACAUAUUUUACAGACUCGUUUUAGGUCACAAGCAUCAAAUAAGACAAGAAUGAACAAAAUGUUAGGCAUGCAGCAGCAACCCUAUCUGAACUGAUAUGGAAUGUCCCAGCAACAUAGGCCCUUUCACCCAGGAGAGAAGACAUAAUUCAGCUCACAGUCUGGGGAGAUGUUUACUCUCCAGUGGCAGCAGUGCAUUCGCACAGGUGUGAAGCCUAAUUACUGCUCACAGUGAGAACAUAGUUUCAUUGGUAAUUAGCAAGUUUAACAGAAACUUCUUCAAAUCAUAUUUAUUUGAGAGUAAUAUUGGCCUAAAUCUUUGCAUUUUAUAUUGCUAUUGGUUGUGUUUUUGUGUUAAAGACAGGUUAAUAUAUUAUUUAUUUAUUUGUUUGUUUAAAACCGCUGUAAGUGGGAUGAUUACUUGCUAAACUAUAGUAUUUAAUAGCAGUUUAUGUUUUUUGAAUAAACAAGAUUACCUGCUUUAAGCUUUA